AUGGCUGAUAACAGUACACCUUGGGCUUCAAGAUGGACCGUACAGUUUGACCCUUAUUCCGGUCAAAGUUUUAGAAUAUGCCAAAAUGGGCCAGACAGAAAUAAGGCACUCAAAAGGAAGGAGGCUCAAAAGAGACUACAAAAAGAUAAGGAGAAUGCUGAUCACUGCUAUAACAACACCAAACAGCGCUUUAUAGUACAGGAUACGAAGAAAUGUGAGUGUCCAGCAAAGAUCCACCUAAGGAAAAUAAUCAAGUAUCCUGAAAAUAAGAUUUCAGAGAACACAAAGAGUAGAAGGGAGACAAUGUCAAAAUUUCUGAGAACAUCCCUAGAGUCAGAAAAGAAGCAAACAAUAGCUACAGAGGAGCGUAUUUACAUAUUACUUCCUAAACUUACGGAUCACUUAUUUCACCCCAUGGGGAGGGUAAGUACUUGGCCAUCAAUUAAAUUUUUUUUGGAAUCAGGAAACUGA